CGUGAAAAGCGCACAAGCCGCUGUCACGUUGGUGCCGUAUUGAACAAAUAGUUAAUAACUUUACGUACAUAAAUAUUAUCGGGAUACGCUUCACUAUAAACAGAUUUAGAUUUUAUUUAUCAUCAAGUUUUUGGUGAACUUUAUUGAUAUACAGGUUACAUGGAAUAAUACUCAGGAUGGAGAUGCUAGUUAUUCUAAUGAAAGAGAAAUGAUAAACUGUUCAGCUUAGCUGUACAUGGAUUGAAGUUGGAUAAAAGACUCAAAAAGAGAGUCGCCAUGGAUACAACGAUAGCCCCGGUCCUUUACCGACGUGACGUCACGAGUACCGAUCUACCAUUAGAUGAUGUAUUUACAACGGUGAAUUCCAGCAGCGUUAACCAAACGGAACCAACUCACACAUUCAUUGAGUUUUAUCGGGAUGAACAAAUUGGAUUCUUGGUUGUAUUAUUCCUUUUUAUUGUCAUUGGUAACUCCAUCGUCCUUGCCGCCAUCGCCUUAUCACGUGAACGACGGAGGUCGAGGAUGAACUUUUUCAUUAUGCACCUGGCAAUCGCAGAUCUAUUAAAUGGUCCUCUGAAUGUAUUAUUUGACCUGAUCACAAAGAUAACUAUAUAUUGGUAUGCUGGAGACAUCAUGUGUAGAUUUAUACAAUAUACAAGGGCAGCAGUGAUGUACGCAUCAACCUUUAUGUUGGUGUCUCUUAGUAUUGAUAGAUUAGAUGCUGUGGCCAGACCAAUGAACUUCUCUGGUAGUUGGUUACGAGCGAAGAUAUUGAUAGGAUCAGCGUGGUUGAUAUCUCUGUUGUUUGCAGCACCACAGUUAUUUUUGUUCCAGGAGAAACAUCACUAUGGUGGUCCACAGUGUUAUAUAGAUUUAACAGAGGCGUGGCAAUGGCAGCUGUACUUAUCGAUGAUUGCUCUGGUUAUAUUUGUUAUCCCAGCUAUUAUAAUCUGUAUUUGUUAUGUUGUUAUUGUGGCCAUCAUCUGGAGAAGCAGUAGAUUACUCAAACCGUCCGAUUCUCAAAAAUCACUCAAGUCUUACAAGUCGAAAGAUGAAGGUACCGAAUGUUUAAAUGGUCACAGUCGCAGUAACUCCAGUAAAGAGAGUUGUAGUAGUUCUCGUGGUGUUAUUCCUCAAGCUAAAAUCAGAACCAUUAAAAUGACCUUUCUUAUUGUUCUAGUUUUUAUUGUGUGUUGGAGUCCAUAUUUUAUUUUUAAUCUGUGUGAUGUGUAUGGCUAUGUGGACUGGAAAAAUCCGUCUACCAGAAAACUAUCCACGUUUAUUCAGAGUUUGGCGCCAUUGAAUUCCGCGGCUAAUCCGGUAAUAUAUGGUAUAUUCAGCACACGUAUUUGCAGACGCCUCUAUUUGUUUCGCAAGGUCCAAGACCACGUAUGUAAGUGUUGCAAGAAGGAGCCAAUACCACGUCAGAUGUCCGGAAACGAGUAUACAAGUAUGUCAGAAACAGAAGACAUUCGGUUAACAUCAGAUAUAGGAGGAAAUCGUUCAGCCGCAGCAACCGUUCCUCGGAUUCCAUAUGUUCGUCAACCUAUGUCAGAAGCAGACCGGGAGCUCCUGUCAAUACAUGUCAAAUCACAGAACGUUUAAGCCAAGUGUGUGUUCCGGCUACCGACUGCGCCGUUUUUGCAUACAUAUUUAUUAAAGGCGCCCAGGACUCCGAAAGGAUACAAACGGUUUCGAGAAGGAAAUAAUCAGUUUAUAAACAGAUUUGGAAAGAUCAUCAACCCUUAAUUAGAACAACUUUGUGUGGCAGAUUGUUAUGGUUAAUGAAAAUAAUUGGGCGUGUGUUCCUGACACUACUAAUAAUAUCAGACAAUUUGUAGCCAUAACAAUCAAAGUAAUUAUGGCUCGGGCGACUAAUUAAAACAUGAACAAUGUCAAAAGCAAAAUGUAUCAGCUAUGUGAAAAUCCCAUAUAUCAGGUGAUCUAAUUUGAUGUAAGAUAAACAUCUUUAUGGCAUGUAAAAAUUGGAACGUGUUUGUUCAUAUUUUUAUGAACAUAAAUCAGACAAAAUAUGUUUGAAAAUAAAGUUGUGUCUGUAUAAUAUCAUUGAAGUACUUUUGAAGAAAAAUGACUGUUCGUUGACAUGUGUUCAUUUAACUUCUUGGAACCAUCACAAUAAUGAUACAGUGCGACAGCCUAUUCUAUUAAUAUUGACAUUAACGCGUAGGCGGUGUGGAAAAAAAAUACAAGAUAUAAAAAAAAAAUUGCUUGAAAAUGCUCAAAACGGACGGUUCGUGACGUUUUCGUUUUUUGGGGUAAAAACAUAUUGUCCUUAAAGCAAGUUAUUAAAGAAUCAUUAUUCUGUUUUUAUUAGUGCUAUAUAAGCGAAGUGUGCAUUCAUGAGGUUUUAAGACGAGAAAAAAAAAUAACUCGAAAUAGCAAAAAGGGAGACUUAGUGUAAAAUGAGUAAAGAUUCAAAGUGGCCGUGCAGUUGCACUAAAGCGUUGUUAUGACAACGGAUUUCAAGGAAACAUUUCAAAAUAUUGUAAAUAAUAUCAAGUUGUGAGCGGAUACCCUAAUAUGGAUAUAUAUAUCAAAAAUGUAAUAUUGUAGUUCAUUUCUGUGGAUGUACGUAUAUUUUUAUGGAAAGUAUAAGGUGUAAAUGUGUGUGAAUCAGUCAUUAGAAUCAAAAAAUACUACAUAUUACAUAUCCGAUUCUGUCCGCUUGAUGGAACGAUAUGGUUGUUAUCAGAAGACAGUGAAGACAACUGUGGCAGAUUAAUGGUAACUUUAUAUCUAUAGUUUAAUAUAUUCAUCCUAUGGAGAAGGUUUGAGGUGUUGUAACAGCACCAGUAUUUGCCAAACGUGACUUGACAUUACAUUUAAAACUAAAUCUAUUGUUGUGUGUAUAUUAUUAUUAUUUAUUUGUUGUCGAUAAGUGCUAUUACAAAAAAGUGGAAUGGUGGCGCUAAACAUUUUAAAUUUUCAAAAUAUGUUAACAAACUAAAGACAAUUUAGGGGAAAAAACGUGAACUGAAACAGGCGAAUUUUAAAUUUUAUGAUUUUUACAUGACCUUCCACAAUAUAAAAAACAAUUCUGUUUUGAUCAAUUUAAUGGACCCCUUUAUAAAUUUCCUCGAAUUAUAUAAAAUAACAAUUUAAUUAAAAUAUGUUACUUUUGUGCGUUAGAACUAUCUUACAACAUUUUCAUUUGGCCUUGUGUGAUGUGUUAUAUAUUAGGGACACGUAUUAUUUUUUUCAGUGAAAUUGAUUCAUUCAUUGCUAAACAAAAUAAUAAACGUCAUCACAAUCUUUAUAAUAUUCUGGGAGUUUCUAAGUCAAAUUAAAUUAUGUAUAUAAAAUGUACACCGAAAGGCUUUGGAUAAUCCUUACAUUUAAGAAAUGAAAUGGGGUUUAACGUCCUUACUGUUCUGUUACGACUGUUUUAAUUUUUGGGAUCUUAUGGUUACAGUGUCACAAUCAAAUAAGCUGUAUUCCAAUUUUGUUGUUCAGUGUACACAGGUUUUCAUUUUAAUAUAAAACAUCUUCUUCCAUUUGAUUUUAUAAACUAACUUAGUUAGGAUAUAUGUAUUUUGGGAACUCAUAAUCCAACGCUGACUAUCAAAGUAGUAUAACAAUAUUUUGUACAAUACACAGAUUAUUUUUUGAAAUUGUUGUGGUUUCGUUAAUUCUUCAGUUCAGUUUAAAGAUUAUUGAGUGAUUCAGUUAUUACCGGCUCAAGUAGCAUAAUACCAUUAUAAUUAUUACAGGGCCUGGAGAUAAACUACCUAAUAUUGUUACAAAUAAAAAAAUUGUUUUCUUUUUAUAAA